AUGUACUUAAUUACUCCUAAGAAUGUUCAUCUUAUUGGACUUCAUUUUGGAUAUAAAUAAGAAAUAAUAGAUCUAUUUCAUUCUUUAAAAUUUAUUGAUUAAGAUUCUGCAUUAUGGUUUGCAUUUGCUGAGAAAUCAAUUUGUAUAGAGAAAAGUCAAUUAUAGAUUGAUAUAUCCCUUUAAUCCAUUUUCAACUAAUAUUAAACUCUGUAACAUUCUUUGGAAGUAUUCCCUCAAUUAUUUUCCAUUCAAGAUAACAUUAAGUUGAACAACAUUAAGAUGAUGGCGAGAUUUGAUAGAAAUGAAAGAGAAGAUUGGAGUUAUGAAAUUCUAUCUCUUAACUACACAGGGAAUUGCAAUUCUGAUUUAUUACUUUGCGAAUAGUUUUAUCAAGAACCUACUAAUGUUUAACUGAGAGUAAACGGAAAAUUAAAUAUAAUGGAGGAGAUAGGGUUUGAGAUAAUAGGAAAUAAAGAUAUUAAAUAAAUAAUUAUAGAAGAAAUGGUAUUGCCAAAUUUAAUUUUUGAUUAAUUGAUCAAAUAAUUCUUCGGAGAGAGAUUCAUCGAAUAGAUCGAGUAUGAUUUGGAUCGGCAAUACAAAGUAGAGAUUAAGGAGUCUCUUAAGGAGGAUAAACUUGAAUUAGAAUUAAUAAUGGAGGAGGAUUGA